AUGGCCUUGCCUCUGGCAAGAUGGCUUACCCAGGCCAUGCUAAUAUCUUCCGGCCUUUUUGCCGGUGUACAGUCCCUUCCGUAUUCCCCGAAUCCCGAUCCUGCAGACGCCCAGCACUCCCCGUCACCACGCAGCCCGUAUCCCAGUUUUCCAGUCCAAAGUCUAGAGGCGACACCCUCUGCCCCUUUGCGGUACCCGCCAAAGCCCACCAGACUAGGCACCAAGCAAGUGCCCUCAGAACGCGGUUAUUUCAACACAUCCAGCGAGAUCUCUACUUAUACGCCCCCUGGAUUCAACCCCGAAGCCCUACCGUACGUCCCCUAUAGACCAGCACCUCCUUUUCGUCCGCUCGGCAUGGGUCAAAAUGUCUUCCUACCCGUCUCCGACGGGCGGGUUCCGUUAAGCAUUCCAAAAAGGGGAGACCAUCCUAUCAAGCCCAACCACAUUAUAAACCCCACAGCACCAAUAUCUACCAACAAAUUUUUUGCCAAUUUCUUUCUUGGUAACCAGCAGGAGUAUACGUUCACCCUACCCUAUUCAGUCGGUUGGUCUAAAGGAACAGGUCCGGCAAACAGCUAUGGAAUGGCAAUCUCUCAUGUUGAUGCAAACCAAAGAGUAUUGGGAGAACGAGUCCCAAGCAUUCCCGGAAAUCCUGCUAGGUUCUUUUAUAGCCCCGCUCGCCUCCAGUCAAUCAUUUUGUCUGCCACAGAACUUGGAAACUCUACCACGCUCAGCGUUGCAGAACCCCAGGCUGGAUCUGCCAAUGUUUUACUGAAGCCUCAGCCAAGCGGUAGUAAUGGAACCGUAUCUUUUCCAUUAGUCCAGGGCAUGGGAUUCGUCACUGCUAUUUACGACAAUUUGCAACCGUUGGUGCAGACCGGUAUCUUUUUCCGGACGGUCAGUGCUGUUACGUGUGCUAGAAGGGGAAUAUAUAAAUAUAUUACGAUUCUUGAAAAUGGAGCGAGGUGGGUUAUUUACGUUACUCCUGCGAAUGGAGUUGAUCCAAAGUUCAAACUUCUGUCGAACCAUACUAUUGAAGGCCCGAGAGCAUUCAAAGGAACUAUACAAGUUGCCAAGGACCCAGGUAAUGCAGACGCGCUCUACGACCGAACUUCGGGUGUUUACCCAACCUCCGUAUCUGUCUCUGGACUUGUCACUGGCGCCACAGGUACAUAUCAAUUCUCUUGGGCCAAGGCAGGAAACAGUAAAGACACCCCUUUGUUAAUGUUUGCUUUGCCACAUCAUGUUGAAGCUUUUGAUGACUCUUCCAAGAAGUCCCAGACUGACCUUCGAUUACAAACACCGACAAAAGGCAUUGCCACAGCUUGCCUUGGGGAUUCAUGGACUAUGGUUGAGCAGAAUCUACCUAUCAACAUGGGAUUUGAGCCUUGGCAAUCGUCUACAUCUGUCAGGUGUUGCCUACCGCCUGCUUCACAGAAGAUAAUCCGAGAAGCCGCAGCCUCUGAGAUGUCCCAAAACAUGAGAUCUCAAACAGACUUGGACAGCAUGUAUUUCAGUGGAAAGGCUCUCGCAAAAUUUGCAAUUAUCGUGUAUACAGUCCAUGAGAUGCUACAAGACCCUAAGUUUGCAGCCAGUGCAUUGCAAAAUCUAAAGGACAGCUUUGCAUCCUUUGUUCAAAACAAGCAGAAACAUCCCCUGGUCUACGAUGCGGUUUGGAAAGGCGUGGUGUCUUCUGCAGCAUAUACUACCGGCGACCUAAAUGCGGAUUUUGGAAACAGCCUUUAUAACGAUCAUCAUUUCCAUUACGGCUAUUUCGUUUUAGCCGCUGCGAUAAUUGGAAAGCUGGAUCCGUCCUGGCUUCCAGCAAAUAAGGCCUGGGUCAAUACGUUAGUUCGCGAUUAUGCCAACCCAGUUUCCGAUGAACAAUUCCCAUUCUCUCGAGGCUUUGAUUGGUACAAUGGACAUUCUUGGGCAAAGGGCAUAUUCCCUUCCGGCGAUGGGAAAGAUCAAGAAUCUACUUCUGAAGACAGUAUGUGCACAUACGCUAUUAAGAUGUGGGGUGCAACUACCGGCGACGCUAGCAUGGAGGCACGAGGAAACUUGAUGCUGGGCAUUCUAAAGCGGUCGCUGAAUGAUUACUUUUUGAUGCACAGCAGCAAUAUCCACCAGCCGAAAGAAUUUAUUGCAAACAAAGUGACAGGCAUUCUUUUUGAAAAUAAAUGUGACCACACCACAUAUUUUGGCGCGAAGCUUGAGUACAUCCAAGGAAUCCACAUGCUUCCUAUUCUCCCUGUAUCAGCCUACAUUCGAGACAAAGGCUUUGUUAGAGAAGAAUGGGAUGCGAUGUUUGCCCCAAAUGCCACUUUACCCGCUCAAACUGCAGAGGGCGGCUGGAGAGGCAUUCUCUAUUCAAACCUCGCGUUGAUUGACCCAACGGCCUCGUGGGACUUCUUUGCCCAGCAAAAUUUUAGUGGGGCUUGGCUCGAUGGAGGUGCCAGUCGAACUUGGUCCCUUGCAUAUGCAGCCGGUCUUGGUGGAGGCCCCAGAUCAAACCUGACAACUGCGCCUUGGAAAUAUACCCCUCGAUGA